AUGUCUCCUGCUUCCCGUGAGCAUAACCCCUCGGCAGGUGUCGCCCCCUCCGACAAUGACAGCGGCGAACGCCCCGUGCGACAACAGCUCAAAGAGACCAAUCUCGGUGCUGUGGGCGAAAUGAACGGCUCUGCCCGUCCGAACCGAAAGCGCUCCCUCGACAACACAGAUGGAGCAAUCGACACACCUCCAACCAAACGAUCUCGGGAGUGUACCCCGGACAACCCAAAGGCUUCCACCGGAGACAAAUCCAACCACGCCGGAAUCCCCAAAGAUGCGACUACUCAAAGUGUGAGUGAGAAUGUGCUGGCCACAACGCCUGCGAACACUAUCCCCGAGACCAAGAUCCAGUUUCCCCUGGUCCUCGAGAUUAAGGUUUCAAUUGGUGGAUCUGAGCAAAUCAGCCAUUUGACCGUCCCUGUUGAGAUCGAUAUCAAGCUGCCUGCUGGAGUAGUCUCCUUGGCUUGCUCGACUUCGAGACCCUCUCAAGGCGAAUCCCUCAAAAUUCAUGUCACCAGCCCUUCUGCAAAGCCUAUCCCAUCAGGAAACCCUUCCCCUGGACACUCUUCCCCUGGACACUCUACCUCUGGACACUCUACCACUGGGAACCCUUCUCUCAAACAAUCUUCAUCUGGACAUGAUGUAUCUGAACACUACACACAUGACGACCCUUCAUUCUACGUAUAUGAAGAUCCUGAGUCAAUUGGAGGUUCCUCAUCUGAAGACUCUCUGCCUGACUACCGUUCACCUGAAUUCCCGUCCUCUCCGCCUCCUGUCCCACACAGUCCAACGCAUCCCGAUUACCCCAGACCCACGGUUGAAAUUAUUGGUUCUAACCACUCUCAUUCCCCACAGAAUCUUGAAACGACCGCCGGCGAAAACGGAGAUGACUCUUCACAAAUUCUCAAGAAGAAACGGAGUCGAGAACAACUUGAAGAUGAUAUCUCGAAGAAUUCCCACGCUGCGACUGGCCCCGCUCCCGGUUUGACCGAGACAACUUCAACGGACGCGAAAUCUACUGCCGAAGGACAACCUGAGAAGAAGAGACCCCGCGAUAAUUCGGAAGAGCGCAAGGCCAAGGUGGACCAGACUUUCACCGCGAGUGCAUUCGGGCAGUCCGCCAACUCACCAUCACCAUUCGCAAUGCCUGCAACUAAAUCGACAUCUGAUGCUUCGCCUUUUGCAACAACCGGUGCCUCUGCUACUGGUUUCGGUGCCCUCGGAUCUGGUUUCUCUGCCUUCGGCAGCGCUUUCUCUGCUCCAUCUGGUAAACUUACCAGUUUCGCGUCUCCCAAUGCACCCGCCGAUUUCUCUGGAACAACCGGUAAACUGACCAGUUUUGCAUCUGCCAACGCUCCUUCUAGUUUCUCUGGAACAUCUGGUAAACUAACCAGUUUCGCGUCUCCUAAUGCCCCUGCUUCCUUUGGCGAGUCCGGUGACAAGACCCUUGGCGCAAAACAAUCUGAUGACGAAGAGAGUGACAAUGAAGCGGCGGGUGAAACCGAUGGCACCUUUGUUGCUGAGAAGACCGAUGAGCGUUUCCACGAACAAACUGGUAUGGACCCCUCCUUGCAUCUUUUCCCCAGGAUCCCAAAAAUGGCCAGUCACUUAUUUCCACGUGAAAAAUUAGUUGAAACCGGCGAAGAAAACGAGACCACCCAAUUCACAGCCAAGGGCAAGCUGUACUACUUUGACGACAAGAAAUGGAAGGAGCGUGGCAUUGGCACCUUCAAGGUCAACCUCAAGACGGAAUCCAGCGGAAAGAAAUCUGGUCGUAUGAUCAUGCGCGCCGAUGGUGCCUUGCGUGUUAUGUUGAACAGUGCGAUUUGGCAGAGCAUGCCCUUUGGCGAUAGCAAGAGUGCUCGCCCGACCACUCGGGAUAUUUAUCUCGCCAGCAAGGAAGACGACAAAGUUAUCAGCCUCCUUCUUCGGCUUGGCAGCGAAAAGCCCGCUCAGGAAUUGUAUGAUGUGCUAAAGGACAUCCUGGAGAAGAUCUAA